AUGGGAGCCUGGAGGAGUAGUGGGGAUGCAAGCGCUAUGUGGAAGACGACGAACUGCACAAGGGAGGCGAGAGAGGUGUUAGGGAUCUCAAAGGGUUACUCUGGCGGGCACAAAAGCGACUGGUGGUGGAAUGAAGUGGUCCAAAGUAAAGUGGAAGCGACGAAGGCGGCGUACCUGAAAUUAGUAGGGAGCACAUGCGAGGAGGAGAGGAGAGCGAACAUAAAGAGAUAUAAGGUAGCUAGGAAGGAAGCGAAGUUAGCGGUCACGGGGGCUAAGACUGCAGCGUUUGGGUGUUUGUACGAGGAACCGGGGGACAAAGGCGGGGAUAAGAAGUUAUUCCGGCUGGCCAAGGCAGAGAUGAAGGCUCGGGAUCUGGACCAAGGGGACAAGGAUAUUGUGCUAGGUGAAUUGGGACAUUUCGAGAGUCAUCGAGAUUUUAGGACGAAGAUGAUACCGGGUGAGUGGAGGUGGAGUGCGGUGGUACCAUUGUAUAAGAACAAAUGUGAUAUCUAG